AUGUCAGUUAGGCCCUGGGAGUCGGCUGGUGCUCAGCUGAGUCGGUGUGUGAGGUGGAGAGGGACCUGGGGAGAGGCAAUGAUUUCAUCCUGCUAAACAGGGGGCCAUUAUGGCACGGAGCCCAGGGGUGGGUAGCGGGUCCACGUCCUCCAGCCUCCGCGGGACCCGCGAGACCCUGAGUGAUCUGGAUCUCGAAUCUAUGAGCUCUGACUCAGAGGUCAAUGGGCUCUCUGUGGAGAGAAGAACCGACCGGUACGGCUUCCUGCUGAAGAGCGAGGGCGACGGAGCCCUGCUGGAGGAGCUGCCAGUAGAAGUGUUACGGCAAAGAGAGGCCAAAUGGCUGGAUAUGCUGGGAAACUGGGAUAAAUGGAUGGCAAAGAGGCACAAAAAGAUAAAACUUCGAUGUCAGAAGGGUAUUCCACCAUCAUUACGAGGCCGUGCAUGGCAGUACCUUUCUGGAAGCAAAGUGAAGAUGGAACAAAACCCAAAAAAGUUUGAUGAUCUGGACCAAAUGCAAGGGGACCCCAAGUGGGUGGAUAUCAUAGAAAGAGAUCUACACAGGCAGUUUCCAUUCCAUGAAAUGUUCGUUGCUCGUGGAGGUCAUGGCCAGCAGGAUCUGUUCAGAGUUCUUAAAGCAUACACUUUAUACCGGCCAGAUGAAGGGUACUGCCAGGCCCAGGCUCCUGUAGCAGCCGUUUUGCUUAUGCAUAUGCCUGCAGAGCAAGCGUUCUGGUGUUUGGUGCAGAUCUGUGAGAAGUACCUUCCAGGAUACUAUAGCGAGAAAUUGGAGGCAAUACAGUUGGAUGGAAGGAUAUUGUUCUCUCUUCUGCGUAAAGUGUCCCCUGUGGCCUACAAGCACCUGAGCAAGCAGAAGAUUGAUCCUAUCUUAUACAUGACUGAAUGGUUUAUGUGUGCAUUCUCCCGUACGCUUCCCUGGAGCUCAGUCCUGCGUGUUUGGGACAUGUUUUUCUGUGACGGUGUAAAGAUCAUUUUUCGGGUGGCUCUGGUUCUUCUAAAAUAUUCACUUGGCUCCUCUGAGAAACUUAAAUCCUGUCAAGGCCAGUAUGAGACCAUGGAGAAACUGAAGUCCAUUGACCCUAAAUAUAUGCUGGAGAAUUUCCUAAUUCCAGAGAUUGUAGAAUUGGCGAUUACAGAGCGGGACGUGGAACGAGAGCACCUGAUCCAGCUGAAAAAAUGGAAAGAAGAGUACGGGGAGCUGCAGUGCAAGUCUCCCCCACGUUUGCAUGGUGCAAAAGCCAUUUCUGACACUGAACCACAAAGUCGUAAGUUACUGGCGCACUCUCCCUCCAUCAUCCUCCCUACUGACACUGCUCUAGUGAAAAAGACCAAGGAACAGAAGCAAGCAGAGAAAGAACAGGAAAAGCUACGUGCAAAGGAGUUUAGAGAGAAAGAAAAGGAGGCUAAAGAGAGAAAAAAGCUAGAAAAGAAAAAGAGCAAGACCAAAGCGGACCAACUGAAUGGAACUUUGAAAGAGGAAAGUGGCAAGGAAUUGCCCAGAGAUCACCGGCAGGAACCGGUUCAGUCUCUUAUGUCCAAAGAAUCCCAGAAAGACUUACUCAAAGUACAUCAAUCAAAUGAAAGUUUAUGCUCCAAAGAGAGUGAAGAUACCUAUUUAUAACUACAUUCCCAUUACCACUGUCAGCAUUCAGAGCCCUUCUGUCCUCCAUAAGAGCUACCCCUGAGCACAGAUAACCCCUGUAAGUGCUAUUGGAAAGUAUGCUGAAUUAAAUAAGUGAAGUGAGGAAUUAGAAGGCCUGAGAGUUUGCAUAAAAUAACACUGCACUGUUCCUCUCUUUGGUUAUCUUUGCUGGAAGACCUGAAAUUUUGUACGAUACAGAAAUAAGACAAUAAAGAGACCCAGAGAUGCCAGAAAGUAGUUUACAGUUCAUACUCUCCAACGCUAAGUUACAUCUACUGACUUUCUUUAAUCCUGAAAAAAAACCUCUACUGGGCUUAAUCUAUUUGACAAGUCAGUAUUGUGCAGAGAAUAGUGUACGAGUAGCAGAUACUAGGCAAGGAGGCUACAAUGCUUAGAUCUGAGAAAUGUUAUCUGUUCGAGUCUGCAAGGGAUGCUUUGUAUGAUGACUUUUGUCACUGUAAGACGUGCUGGGCACACCCCCCAAGCAUCCUCUAUCAUUCCAGAUGUUCUGCUGCUGAGAGCAGAACGUCUAUUACUAUGCACAAAGAUCUUAUUGUUUCCUUGUUACAGGGGACCAAGAAGGGAAGCUAAAACACAGACUCUCUUCCUCAAUCUCAUAGACGUUCUUUGUAUAAAAAAAAACGAUUAAAAGAGAAUAAGUCUGUAUUAAUAUAAGGGCACAAAGGAGCAUUUGGUUUCUUCUUUUACAUGGUCGUAUUAGAUCUUAUUCAAAAAGAGAACCUCUGCUGCUUGCUAAAGGCAAUGACUUAAAAUGGCCAACACACUCUAUUCCUUCUCACACUACAGAAAAACGGUGUACAGUAUGUUUAUCCUAAACACAGCCAAGCAGGAAUAUUUAUUUAUCUACGGUAUUAGCUCUUGCAAAAAAAUAAAUAGAAUAAAGAUGCUUGCCAAUAUUUAGAGUAAAGAA